AUGGCGAAUGACUACAACCCAGCCGACCUAUUGGCCGGUGUAGACACUGUGCAGGCAAAGAGCCUCCUCGCUGCUAGCGGCGUGGCUCUUUCCCUGUACGUGCUAUACCGCAAGACACUUCCGACGCCCCUGCCUGGUAUUCCAUACAAUGAGCAAUCCGCAAAGCGCAUCAUGGGAGAUAUCCCGCACAUCAAGGCAAAACUAGAACGCGGCGAGGGUGGUCGAACGUACUUGGUCGAAUUAUUAACGAAGCACGCCGCUCCAGUCGCCCAGUUUUUCAUGGGGCCGACAGAGAAAGCUGCAGUGGUCAUCGGAGACUUCCGAGAAGUACAAGACAUGAUGAUGAGGCAUGGCAAGGACCUAGCAAAAGGCCAGAAAAAUGCAGAUUCCUGGCACGGCGUCAUGCCCGCGCAUUUCAUCGGUAUGGACGAUGAGGAUCCACGGUUCAAGUCGGCCAAGGCACUGGGCAAGGACCUGAUGACCUCAUCCUUCCUCCAUGAGGUCAAUGCUCCAGCUUCCUACCAGAAGGUCCUGAAUAUCGUAGAGCUUUGGCAGCUCAAGUCGGCUGCAGCUAAUAACCACGCUUUCGACGCCGGUAUGGACCUGGGUUACCUGACAUUCGAUAUCAUCAUGGCAGCCGCAGCCAACCUCGACGACAAAGAUACUCAGCUCAGAUCAUACAUCCAAAAACUCGGGGCAAUACAGAAUCCAGCCACAGUGCCAUCAAGCAAGACCGAGGUGGCCCAGUUCCCGGCCGAUGAGCUCACGGACAUGUUCAAAGCACUAGAAGCGAUAGGCGUAGCAGUCAGCGGGUCUCUCUCAGCUCCGUCGAUCAAGCUCUUUCACAUGUUCAACAACCGGAAGGCUAAGAUGCAGAAGGCAUUCUAUGAUCGCGAUACGAUUCUGAGACAAUACAUUCGCAACGCUGUGAAGAGGCUACACGAGGACGGGGAUAGCUUUAAGCCUGCUUCGGCUAUAGAUUUCAUUGUCAUGCGCGAAGCAGCUGCCGCAGAGAAGGAGGGCCGCGAGCCAGAUUUCUACUCGGACACUACAAUCCAGAUUGCCUUCGGUUACCUGCUUGGCGGCCAGGAUUCGACCCACGCUACGCUGUCCUACUUUGUCAAGCGUAUCGGGGCGGCCCAAGACGUACAGACUAAGCUUCGAGAGACGCUCCGCGAAACUUUUCCGGACGCCUAUACCAGAAGGGAACAACCGCCGCUUAGCGAGCUCGUGAAGGCCCACAUCCCAUACCUUGACGCCGUAAUCGAAGAGGUCCUCCGCCUUGACGCGCCUACGCCGGUUGUCAUGAGGCAGACAAAGAGAGAAUUCAAGGUCCUAGGCUACACCAUCCCUAGAUACACCACGGUCUUGCUCGGACUCAAAGGUCCCACGUACACUGCGCCAGGGUACCUCCCCGAGAAGGUUGGCGAGGCGCUGCGCAGCGAGUCUUCGCGCAAGCAUGCGGGCACGAUGGGGGUCGAUGACUGGAGUAAGAGCGCGUUCCCGCCCGGCGAGUACAUCCCCGAGCGCUGGCUUAAGAAAUCUGAGGGCGGCGGCGGCGAGCUCACCUUUGACCCCAAAGCCGGGCCCUUCCUCUCGUUCAGCACCGGCAACCGCGUCUGCUGGGGCAAGAGGCUCGCCUACCUCGAGCUCAAACUCGUCGCGACGGUGCUCGUGUGGAACUUUGUCUUCAACCGACUGCCGAGCAACCUCGAGGACUGGGAGUACGUCGAGGACCUGUUCAUCAAGCCAAAGAACUCCCUUGUCCACCUGUCGAGCGCGUGGGACGUGUGA